CUUUACAGGUGCAUCAGAUCAGGGUUAUAAAGGUUCUGCCAUUAAGUUUUCAUCGUAACAAAGAGUGUUGCUGCUUUCAAUUUGUAGUGUUCAUCAUGGAAUUGGCAAAACUCUUUAUUUUGAUUUUAUUGUGCUUUCAGUGUGUGUGUAAUGGUAUUAACCACAAUGCAAGAUCAAUUGAAGAAGAGAGUUUGGCUGAUUUGCUUUCGUGGGAUGAGGCGUCUGACCUUGUGUUAAAAAGAUUGUUGGGGGAAUCUGGUUUUACUGGUAACUUCAGCCUUGAUGAGUCUGCAGCAGAAUCUGGUUCAGAUGUGCCUGGUAACUACAGCCAGGAUGCUGAAGCAGUGGAAUCUAGCUCUAACCCACCUGCUAACUUCAGCCUAGAUGAAUCUGCAGCAGAAUCUGGUUCAGAUGUGCCUGGUAACUACAGCCAGGAUGCUGAAGCAGUGGAGCCUGGUCUUCCUGGUAACUUCAGCCUUGAUGAAUCUGCAGCAGAAUCUGGUUCAGAUGUGCCUGGUAACUACAGCCAGGAUGCUGAAGCAGUGGAGCCUGGUCUUCCUGGUAACUUUAGCCUAGAUGAAUCUGCAGCAGAAUCUGGUUCAGAUGUGCAUGGUAAUUUCAGCCAGGAUGCUGAAGCAGUGGAACCUGGUCUUCCUGGUAACUUCACCCUAGAUGAGUCUGCAGCAGAAUCUGGUUCAGAUGUGCCUGGUAACUACAGCCAGGAUGCUGAAGCAGUGGAAUCCAGCUCUAACCCACCUGCUAACUUCAGCCUAGAUGAAUCUGCAGCAGAAUCUGGUUCAGAUGUGCCUGGUAACUACAGCCAGGAUGCUGAAGCAGUGGAGCCUGGUCUUCCUGGUAACUUUAGCCUAGAUGAAUCUGCAGCAGAAUCUGGUUCAGAUGUGCAUGGUAACUACAGCCAGGAUGCUGAAGCAGUGGAGCCUGGUCUUCCUGGUAACUUCAGCCUUGAUGAAUCUGCAGCAGAAUCUGGUUCAGAUGUGCAUGGUAACUACAGCCAGGAUGCUGAAGCAGUGGAGCCUGGUCUUCCUGGUAACUUCAGCCUUGAUGAAUCUGCAGCAGAAUCUGGUUCAGAUGUGCAUGGUAAUUUCAGCCAGGAUGCUGAAGCAGUGGAACCUGGUCUUCCUGGUAACUUCAGCCUAGAUGAAUCUGCAGCAGAAUCUGGUUCAGAUGUGCAUGGUAACUUCAGCCAGGAUGCUGAAGCAGUGGAACCUGGUCUUCCCACCUGCCAGGAUGCUGAAGCAGUGGAACCUGGUCUUCCCACCUGUAACUUCAGCCUAGAUGAAUCUGCAGCAGAAUCUGGUUCAGAUGUGCAUGGUAACUACAGCCAGGAUGCUGAAGCAGUGGAAUCCAGCUCUUCCUGGUACCUUUAG